AUGUCGAAAAUAUACAAAGGUAUUAUUUCCGUAGCAGAUAGAUUUAUACCCCAACCGCUUCGUCCAUUAUGGGAACAUCCAGCAGGACCAAAGACAAUAUUUUUUUGGGCACCAGCAUUUAAAUGGGGCUUAGUAAUAGCUGGAUUGGGCGACGUCACUAGGCCACCAGAAUCCUUGUCAAUACCACAAUGCUUUUCCCUUUCGAUUUCUAGUUUUAUAUGGUCACGGUAUUCUUUGGUGAUCAAACCGAAGAAUUACAGCCUUUUUACUGUCAAUUUAAUUGUGGCUACUAUUAAUAUGUAUCAGUUAGGAAGAGCGUAUCUUUACCAACAAUCUAUAAAGAAGUGA